AUGGCAGAAUACAUUAAUAGUGGACAGAGCGGCGAUAACGUCCCGGAGGACGGACUGACGGGACAGCAGUUGGCAAACAGAGGAGAUGGACUCACAUACAAUGACUUCCUCAUUCUGCCAGGCUACAUUGACUUCACUGCAGAUCAAGUGGACCUGACCUCGGCACUGACGAAACAAAUCACAAUGAAAACUCCCUGUGUCUCUUCCCCAAUGGACACAGUCACUGAGGCGAACAUGGCCAUUGCUAUGGCACUAACAGGUGGGAUUGGCUUUAUCCACCAUAACUGCACGCCAGAGUUCCAGGCCAAUGAAGUCCGUAAAGUCAAGAGGUACGAGCAGGGCUUCAUCACAGACCCGGUUGUGAUGAGCCCUCAUCACCUAGUGCGAGACGUCUUUGAGGCCAAGGCCCGCUACGGCUUCUGUGGUAUUCCCAUCACGGACGAUGGCAAAAUGGGUAGCAAGCUGGUUGGCAUAAUCUCUUCCAGGGACAUCGAUUUCCUCAAGGAUGAGGAACACAGUUUGCCACUCAGUGAGGUGAUGACAAAGAGGGAGGAUCUCGUGAUUGCUCCUGCUGGGGUAACAUUGAAAGAAGCCAAUGAAAUUCUCCAAAGGAGUAAGAAAGGUAAACUUCCCAUUGUUAAUGAAGAUGGCUGCCUUGUGUCCAUCAUUGCUCGAACUGAUCUGAAAAAGAACAGGGACUUCCCUUUGGCCUCCAAAGACUCCCGCAAACAGCUGCUCUGUGGGGCUGCCAUUGGCACACACAGUGAUGACAAAUACCGUCUGGACCUUCUAGUGCAGAGUGGGGUUGACGUUAUUGUGCUGGAUUCCUCUCAGGGCAACUCAUUAUUCCAAAUCAACAUGAUAAAAUACAUUAAAGAGAAGUACCCAAAUCUGCAGGUCAUUGGUGGGAAUGUGGUCACUACUGCCCAGGCUAAAAACUUGAUUGAGGCAGGAGUGGACGGACUCAGAGUUGGAAUGGGAAGCGGCUCCAUUUGCAUCACACAGGAAGCUCCCCCGAGUAUACCUCCAGCAAUAAAGCUUCACAGCCCUAAAACCCCAACCACAGUUACGGGAUUUUCCAUACUGGCGUGCGGCAGACCUCAAGCCACAGCAGUUUUUAAGGUGUCCGAGUACGCUCGACACUUUGGUGUGCCCGUUAUCGCUGACGGUGGCAUCCAGAACGUUGGACACAUCGUAAAAGCCCUGGCCCUCGGCGCAUCCACAGUUAUGAUGGGCUCUCUGCUUGCUGCUACCACCGAAGCUCCUGGUGAAUAUUUCUUCUCAGAUGGUAUCAGACUAAAGAAGUAUCGAGGCAUGGGCUCCCUGGAUGCCAUGGACAAAAACUUGGGGUCCCAGACAAGAUACUUCAGUGAAAGUGACAAGAUCAAAGUUGCUCAGGGCGUUUCAGGAGCUGUGCAGGACAAAGGCUCCAUCCACAAGUUUGUUCCCUACCUACUAGCUGGCAUUCAACAUUCGUGUCAGGAUAUCGGCACCAAGAGCCUCAGUCAGCUCAGAGCCAUGAUGUACAGUGGAGAGCUGAGAUUUGAAAAGAGAACUGCAUCGGCUCAAAUGGAGGGCGGCGUCCACAGUCUGCACAGUUAUGAGAAGCGUCUUUUUUGA